CGAACUUUUUCUUUCGACAUAGAGAAAUUUCAAAGAAAUUUUGCGGGACUUGUCUCGGAACGAACGAAAAUAAACAAAAUUUAGUGGUGUUCUUUGCUGUAAUUUGGUUUGGAAUAUGAGUUUCAAAGACUCCUCGACUAUAGAAGAUGCACUACUUGGAUAUGAUCACCUAUUGCAAGUACUGUUGUCAGUUGAUUAAUCGGAAACCAACCAUAAACAAUUAAACCAUACUUUGUUUCAAUUAAAUUUUGAGACUAAAUUUGUAUUAUGUCAUUCUAGAACACUCCAUCGUUUCCGUUUUAUACAGCAGUUUACAUGGUAUAGCCUAUGGCUGAUUCCUCUCGUCUCUCCAUCCAAAGUAUAUGACAGCUGAAAUGAGGAUUUAGUUAUUAUAAACAUCAGUCAUGAGUGACAGGGCAAUCUUCCAACCUUCUGAAAACGACUGUUUAGCCUAAAGGAAAUUACUAGGGGCGCCAUCCAUCAAAAAAAGAUAUCCUGAUACGAGACGACGUUGAACCAUUUCGUCAUUUAGUAAACCCAGUCGCAACUCGUGAAGCUCUGGCGACCAGUUAAUAUACCCACAGUGUAAUAAUUACGAAAAUGGGCGCCAUUGCGAGAAAAUGGCUUGUCAUCCGAAUCGCCGCUGCAGUUUCAGUGUUUUUCUUUGGACUGUCUGCCCUGCUUCAAAACGGAAAAUUAGUACACACUAAAAAUAAUUUAACAACAGUGACCACCAUUUCGCCCCUGCAGAAUGUAUCCAGUCAGGACCGAUUAAACGAUGUCGUCGAUUGGAGAGUGGCGCCGGUCGAAAAAUUGACGCUGGAACAGUUGGUCGAAUACAUCGAAUGGACCAACAGCACAUCCUGUCGUCUUUCCCACGAUUUCGGCGGAAGCGUUGUCCUCUCCAUGGGUGUGGACGGGCAGAAAGCUUUGUGUCUCGAUCCGGCAGUCCGACCGGAGAAAGCCAGCGGCGGUUGGCCUCCGGUGACGGACAAGAAAUUCAGCGAGUGUCUAGUCUACUCUUUCGGCAUCAACAACGAAUGGACGUUUGACGAGGCCAUGCAAAACUUUGGAUGUCGCGUUUACGCUUUCGAUCCUUCGAUGCAACUCGCCAAUCACAAUCACACCCCGAAAAUUCACUUUUACAACACGGGACUAGGCGAUCGCGAUCACGUUCGAUUGAACGAUCGAGACCCGGCCAAUCCGAGCAACUGGACGAUGAAAUCGCUGGAUUCAAUCUACCGCCAUCUGCUGGGCCACGAAGACAAAAUCAUCGACUACCUGAAAGUGGACAUUGAGGGUGACGAAUGGAUCGUUUUGCCGCAAAUCAUCUCUUCCGGCAUGAUGGAUCGCGUGAGGCAAUUAGGAGUCGAGAUUCACUUGCUGACGCAUCACUGCCCUCACAUGACGUCGUGCCCACCACCGGACGUCUCGUUGGAUUUUAUUCGCCAACGAGUUGACGUCAUCAAAUCGCUGGAGGACUAUGGGCUGGUCCGCUUCGAUUCGAAAUUCAAUCCUUGGUCGAAUAACUUGAAAAUCGUCGACGGUGUCGACUGGUGGGGCUACGACGCCUACGAACUCGUUUGGUACAACCCCAAACUGGCCCGCAAUGUCUCACGCUGAAUUGUUUUAACUUGAAUUAUCGUGUAAAUCUUGAAAGGUGUUGCACAUGUGAAUAUAUUUUUGGAAAUCUACUUAUCAUUUCAUUUUUUUUUUUUUAUAAAAUAAAACUUUUUCGACCUUUCUCAACUCACGUUUAAUUUUAUCAAUCACCGACAGAUGGCUUGGGUUGAACGUGUCGUCGCCGUCGCCCGCCAUUAAACUAGUCGCAGACCACGUUCGCAGAAAGCUGACGCACACGUUUUCUCUGCUACUAACACGUUUUCCUCACCGCCAAAAAACGAUGGCCGAAAGAGACAAACGCACGGUAGCCGAGCUACUAAAACUUCGUUCUGACACGAUGAAAGAACGUAAAAAGACUGAAUUUGAUACAUACGUUCAGGUCGUGGCCGAAAUGUUUGAAGAGAAGCAUCCGGAACACACUUUCAAACCAGCCAUGAUUACCCAUCUGGAGCCUCGUUGGAAGAAGCUGACCGAAAAGGAAAAGGAGUCGUAUCGUCGCCUCAUGGUUAUUGAGAACAAGGCCAUCGACGCCGAGAUCAAAAAGAUAGACGACAUCAUUAUUGCCAAACGUCCGGGACAUCGAAUGUACGUGGAUUUCCCGAUAACUGUUCCGAAUCCUGAAAAAGACAAGAAACUCGAGGAUAAAAUGUGUUUCUCUCCGAUUUUCUGGUACCAGUUGGCAACCCACUAUGACAAUACCACCAAACGUGGUGCAGAGUAUCAGUGGCGAGAUAACGUUCCGAAAAUGCAACUGGACGCCAUCGACGGAUGGCCAUCACUGAGCGACAGCCUCAAGCGUCGAUACAUCAAAAUAGCCAAAGAGGAAUACGCGAAUUACACUGGAUCCAGCGACGGUGACGAAUUGGUGGACGAAAUUCUAUUGCGUAAACUGCAGCGGCGUCAGGAGGAGUUGGCUCAAGUGAACGAAGGCAGUGCUGCCGAAAGUCUUGACAGCCUUCAGAUAGAUCAACUGGAGCCAAUAACGUGAUGAGAUGGCCUCGUUUCAUCGUCAUCUGGGUUGCCAUUCGUUUACAUUUACAACGUGUACUCGGGACUUGCCUUUCUCCACGGGAUGGAAAAUAAACAAAAUAAAACUGA